CAAAAUGCAGUGGUAGUUAAAUUUAUACAGUUGUCAAUUCUGAAUUUUAAAUAUAAAGUCAUGUAUCUAGGAUAAGACUCAUUUCUGUGAAUAAAAAGAAGUUUAACGUGAAAUGUGAAUAUUGCGCAAUGGAAAAAUAAUUUAAUAAUCAAAGAUUACAAGGCUGUGAACUUUUAUUAAGAUUCCCUCAUCAGAAGGUUUACGAAAAAACAAAGAUGGGUAAACAAAAUAGCAAACUAAAACCUGAGGUUUUAGAAGAUCUGAAACAAAACACUGAAUUCUCAGAUGCGGAGAUACAGGAAUGGUACAAAGGUUUCUUAAAAGAUUGUCCUCGUGGCCAUUUGUCAGUGGAAGAGUUUAAGAAAAUAUAUGGGAACUUCUUUCCAUAUGGAGAUGCAAGUAAGUUCGCAGAACAUGUAUUUCGAACAUUCGACGCAAAUGGAGACGGCACCAUAGACUUUCGGGAGUUCCUAUGUGCUCUGAGUGUGACAUCGCGCGGGAAGCUAGAACAGAAACUCAAAUGGGCCUUCUCCAUGUACGACCUUGAUGGCAACGGUUAUAUAUCUCGGCAAGAAAUGCUCGAAAUUGUUACGGCAAUCUACAAAAUGGUUGGAUCUGUUAUGAAAAUGCCUGAAGAUGAAUCUACGCCGGAGAAGAGGACCGAUAAAAUUUUCCGUCAGAUGGACAGAAACAAGGACGGCAAGUUAUCCCUUGAAGAGUUUAUCGAAGGGGCUAAGAGUGACCCCUCCAUUGUCCGACUUUUGCAGUGCGACCCGCAAUCUCAGUGAUGCCGCAAAUACUAAAUGGCUACGGUCAAGCAACUAAGAAUAACUAAACUCUAUCCAGAACGAGGAACAUUUUCUUUAUAACCGUGCCUCUAAGAACUAGUGCGUGCGUUCUGGGUGACAUCGAGUUAUCUCCGAGAAUUGACCUACUGCUUGGCUGUCAUUAAGUUCUUCCUCUUUUGUGUUCUACGCAGCCUUUUCUAUCCAUAUCUUACCUAGUUAUCGUAUAAAUAUUGUAAUUUUGUAACGAUGUAUUUACUGUGAUUUGGACUUGGCGCAAAAGCGUUUGAUUCGACAAUGAUAGGAUUUAAGCUUCCAGUAUUCUAUUCCAUAGUGUUUACCUCGGUGCGAAAUUGUCGGGAGUACACAUAGAUAGGAGACGAGUUUUAUUCCCCAUGAUAAAGAUAUGAGUCCAUUAAUGUUUAGGUCAAAUGAGUAAUGGGGUCAGGUGUGGAUCAGUGCAUUAGUUUGACGGCUUGUCGCUUUUGCGUUAUCUCUAAAUCGCUAUUUAUAUUCGUAUAUCAUGAUGUUUAUUAUUAAUAAGAAUAUUUUGUGUAAACCAUCAACCAAAUCCAACAUGAAGACAAAACGUUACGCCUAUUGAGUUAACGUUAACGAUUGAUUAUAAGCAAACAUUAGUUGAAACUUUAAAGCAAUCAAUAUAAUGGGUCGCAAAAUGUAGCUGUCCUACAUUUUAUUUUUGCUAUCCGCGUGGCUGUAAUCUGAAACAUUAAAUGUUAGUUAUUGAAUUAUUCGAUCUACACAUGAAUCUCUAUUUCGUGCUUCGUCGGACAUGCUUCUUGAAUACACGUCCACACGAAUCUCGAUUUUGUCUUAUCUUCUGACGAGUAUCUUAAAUUUAUUUUCUGCGAAUCUCAAAGUUGUGUUUUCUCAGAUGACUAUAUUACCACUGGGAAAGUUUAUUUUAUGUAAUACAACUCAUGGCGGUGUUUUCGCGAAGUCGAAGCGCUUAAGUAGUUCUUUAAAAAUAAACAGUGACAAUAGACUACGCGCGAAAGUGAAGUUAUGUAUGGCGUCUUAUACCAAAAGUAAUCGUCUUAAACAGCUACACUAAUAAGUUCUUACGCUGGUUUGGUUUUAAAUUACAGCCACUGAUCGAUAUUUUACACUUGUUUCUUGAAAUUAGUUUAUCUAAACAUGAGAUUAAGUAAUUUUUAUUGUUGUUAUUUAAACAUUUAGUGCCUGGAUCUUAAAAUAAGUCAACUAGUCUUCUGCAUAUUUCAAGCGGGCCAUUCACGGUUGCGGUACCACUUGCCAUGACGGACUAAAGACGAACUGAUUGUCCCCAAAAACCUAUCCCUCUAAAAUUGUUGUUUUGUUUUCUAUUGCAAAUCCUGCACACUUUUUGUAUGCAUUUCGUUCCCAAGUGGUUUUUUUCCUAAUUACUACACUGGCACUUAUCUCUUAUUCAUGGUUAAUUACAUUUUUAUGUUUUUUUUUACAAUUUAUUUCUGCGUCAAACACGUGAGUUGACCAGUCGAAUCGAGUUUGUUGCUAUCACACGUCAUUUGACGCGAUAACGUGACUGUGAAUGGCCAGCUUAACUUUUUAAUUCUGAAAUUAAAUUCAAGUUCUACUAUGUGACAGAGUG